AGCUUUUACUUUUGGGUUACUUUCUCGGAAAUCCUGGCAAAUGAUUAAGACCCUGAAACAUCUUGGCAAAUGAUUACUUUUGUGUUAAUUCGCCAGCCCCUUACAAUUCCAUUUGUGACCUCUUGGUCUUUCUAUGCGAUGUUCAGUUUAACCCCCCAUUUGUGACUUUGGUUUGGGGCGGCUGAAAAUUGAUACUCCGUUCAAAUGGAAUAUGACAUUUCACAUCACAGCUCCUUUGAUGGGCCUUGGGUUUGUCUACUUAGCCGCUUGCAAUUCCGUUUGUGACCUUCCAAGUUUAACAACAACAUUCAGAACCCUCCAACGAAAGACAAAAGAGGGAAAGGCUACGCAUGUCGACGGGUCUACAUGUUGGCGGCAACCUCACGGAGCAAGGGCUGUCGAUAGGGUUCUACGAGCAUGGUUUUGGUAAGUCGAGACUCUCGAUGACUUUGAUUGGGUUCGGACUGACCCGGCCCAGUUCACAACGAAGUGCGGCCUAGCGAAACGAGUCUUUGACAACCUUAGAAGCAGUCCACGGUGGGGCUGGGUGGGGGAGCGCAAGCGCCACGUGCAAUGGGAGCCAUGCAUAGCACUGCUCAAUUAUAAAUGCUACUCGACGAGUGAAGAAACAAACGGCAAUCCUUUAUUAUUAUUAUUUUAUAUAUAUUUUUUGGUCAUAGAAUUGAAGAAUAUUCUGACGAGGCUUUGUGGUCCAAUUGAGAAGACAAAGAUUCAUAAACAAUUUCAAUUCUAAUGUCCAACGGCUAUCUAUCUAGUACUGCUAGUAUUUACACAAAGGUUUUUUUUUUUUCUUUUGUGUUGGGUUUUUUGGUUGAGAAUUGAGCUACAGUCAAAUUAUAUAUACUCCGGCAGAAACAUCCCGUGAAAAUUGAAACACGCUCGAGUUGAGCAGCUCCUCCAAGUAAAAGGGGAAUUAAGCAGGAGCCAGGAGCCAGGAUUCUCUCUCAACAAGGGAUACUCGUGAUUCAGAGCUCUUAAAUUUCACGAGUUUCUUCUUUCCCUUCUGCUUCAGACAUUCAGACAUGCCUCCAAAUCCCAGUUUUGGCUUUUCUUCGCACCACCUUCAAAUACCCCCCAGAACCAUGCACGACAUCAAGCAACCCGGAAUCAUCAAGCAUUUGCUUCAUUUGCCAUGGCCGCCCAACUCCAGCUUUUCUUUCUCUGCAUCUUCUCCUUUUACUCCGGUUUCCUACAAGCUGAUCAUCUUGAAACCUACAUUGUUCAACUCCAUCCCAAUGGAAUUACCAGACCUUCCUUCAGCUCCAAGUUUCAUUGGCACUUGUCCUUCAUUCACAAAGCCAUUUCAUCUGAAGAAGACUCCGCCUCUCGCCUCCUGUACUCUUACCGCUCAGCCAUGGAAGGCUUUGCAGCUCGGCUGUCCAAGCUUGAGCUUCAGACUCUGCAGCGGUCCCCAGAAGUAAUAGCAGUCAGACCUGAGAGGAGAAUUGAGCUCCAAACCACGUACUCUUACAAGUUCUUAGGACUCAAUCCGACAGCGAACGGGAAUGCCAUUGGUGCUAUUCUCAAGUCUGGAUUUGGCAGGGGAGCAAUAAUUGGAGUGCUCGACACGGGAAUUUGGCCCGAGAGUCCGAGUUUUAGUGAUGAUGGCAUGCCCCCUGUGCCUAAAAAAUGGAGAGGAAUUUGCCAGCAAGGAGAAGACUUUAAUUCUUCGAGCUGUAAUCGCAAACUUAUUGGCGCCCGAUUUUUCACUAAAGGUUACCGUGCGGCUUCCAAGUCCUUGUCAACAGAUGUUGCCGUUGAAUAUGUGUCACCGAGGGACGGCCAGGGUCAUGGCACCCAUACAGCAUCGACUGCUGCUGGAACCCCAGUUCAAAUGGCUAAUGUUCUGGGCAACGGGGCAGGAGAGGCUCGAGGGAUGGCUCCAGGGGCGCACAUUGCUGUAUAUAAAGUUUGCUGGUUCAGUGGCUGUUACAGCUCUGACAUCCUAGCAGCAAUGGACGUAGCGAUCAGAGAUGGAGUGGAUAUACUCUCUCUUUCACUUGGUGGCUUCCCUGUUCCGCUUUAUGAGAAUACCAUUGCCAUUGGCAGCUUCCGGGCUAUGGAGCGCGGGAUAUCAGUUGUAUGUGCUGCAGGAAACAACGGUCCAAUCCAAAGCUCGGUUGCUAAUGAAGCUCCUUGGAUUGCAACUAUUGGUGCUAGUACGCUUGAUCGAAGAUUUCCGGCUAUAGUUCAGCUAGGUAACGGGAAAUUUCUCUAUGGGGAAUCCGUAUACCCUGGAAAAGGAAUUCCAAACGCUGAGAGAAAACUUGAGGUAGUCUACAUAACAACAGGAGGGCAGAAGGGAAGCGAAUUCUGUUUGGAAGGCUCUCUUCCUACCGCAAAGGUUCGUGGCAAAAUGGUAGUUUGUGAUCGAGGUGUCAAUGGGAGGGCGGAGAAAGGUCAGGUUGUGAAGAAGGCUGGUGGGGCUGCAAUGAUCUUAACAAAUACGGCAAUAAAUCUUGAGGAAGAUUCUGUUGAUGUCCAUGUCCUUCCAGCCACAUUAAUUGGUUUUGAUGAAUCAGUUCUGCUGAAAAGCUACAUAAACUCCACAAGGAGUCCGAUGGCACGAAUUAUAUUCGGAGGAACAGUAAUUGGGAAGUCUAGAGCACCUGCAGUGGCACAAUUUUCAUCCCGGGGACCGAGUUUUAGUGAUCCUUCAAUUCUCAAACCUGAUGUUAUUGCUCCAGGGGUUAACAUCAUUGCUGCUUGGCCGCAGAAUUUAGGCCCCAGCGGCCUUCCAGAAGACAAUAGACGAGUGAACUUCACACUAAUGUCUGGCACUUCCAUGUCUUGUCCACACGUCAGUGGAAUUACUGCUCUCAUCCAUUCUGCUCACCCACAAUGGUCUCCAGCAGCAAUCAAGUCCGCGCUUAUGACAACAGCUGAUGUAACUGACCAUCUAGGGAAACCGAUAAUGGAUGGAGACCAUCCUGCAGGACUUUUCGCGACUGGAGCUGGACAUGUAAAUCCAAUUAGAGCCAUCAAUCCAGGGUUGGUAUAUGAAAUCCAGCCCAUGGAGUACGUAAUUCACCUCUGCAGUCUUGGAUACACAAGAUCUGAAGUUUUCAGCAUUACUCACAGGAAUGUUAGUUGCCAUGAGAUUGUGCAGAAGAAUAGGGGUUUUAGCCUCAAUUACCCCACUAUAUCUGUCAUGUUCGGGCCAAGAAUGACUGGUAAAAUGAUUAAGAGGAAACUCACAAAUGUUGGUAAUCCUAAUACGGUUUUCUCAGUUGAUGUGAUGCCGCCGGACGGUGUCAAGGUGAGGGUUAAGCCACGACAGCUGACAUUUACACACACAAAUCAAACGAUGAGUUACAGAGUUUGGCUUAUGUCGAGGAGGAGAAAUGGAAGCGAGGGGACGAAUUUUGCUCAAGGGAGUUUGACUUGGUUCAACAGCAGACAGAGAUCCAACAGGGUUAGAAGUCCCAUUUCAGUGACUUGGGCUUCAAAGUGAAGAAAAACAAGUUUGUUUAAGCGGCAAUACUACUGCCAGUAGUAUUUCACCUUCACAUUUCUUAGGAAUUUCGUCUGGGACGAUGACAAGAGGAGUCACGUCCGUCAAUCUUUUCUAUAUUUUAAAUUUCUUUUCUUUGCAUCUUUUACAAAGGGAAAUUUCAGCAUUUCACUAAUUAGAGC